AUGAAGGAAACUGCGAAACACUUUGAAAUCAAACCAAAACAAGUCUAUGAAUGGCAUAACAAAAAGAAAGAACUUCUGAAUGUAGCACCAUGUACAACAGUUGCACAACAUCUUCUAGUAGCCCUAGCUGAAAAACAAAGUAAAUUCUUUAGUUUGAUUUUGUUCAAAUGUAAUCAGUAUAACUAUUCUGUUAGAUAUAUUGCAAAGACAGUAAGUAUCAGAACCACCAGGCAUGAAAAAGCAUGCUUUACUGUGAUCCUCAGGUGUCUUGCAGAUGGAACAAAACUUCUACCUACCAAGUAUAAUCUAUUAGGAAAUCCACAAUCUCUUCUUGUUUUAGAUGCCUUUAGAGGUCACUUAGUAGACUCUGUUAAGCACUGGUUUAAUGAAAAAAAUACUGAUCUUGUAGUUAUUUCACGUAGAAUAACUAUAGAAAUGAAUGGGUCAGAAGAUGAUUUAGUCUUUGAUUACGAAUUGUUGGAUGAGGAGAAUGCAAGUAAUGAAAAUACUAAAGAAGUAUUGACUUUUGAUAAUAUUAAUAGAGAUAAAUAUGAAGAAGUCGAAGUUAAUAAUGGUACAUCUCAUAGGAGAAAAAUAUAA